UUUGGAUAAUAGCUGAACUUACGAUCGCUGUUAAUAAACCUAAUUUAUCAGACUCUAGCUUUGGUGAUCCCUCUGCAUUGUUCGAACUCUAUCAAUAGCGGAAUAAGGAAUAACAGUGUCAACUUUACGACUUCACGCAGACACAACAAUGUCGAGAAUAAUUAUAAAUACAUUGAGGAUACCAAGAAAGAUACAGCAUAUCAGAACUAUUUCUACAAUACCACGAAAUUUCACAAAAUGUCAACGAAAAGCAUUUCAUCAUGGGAAAGAAGUUGCCAGUUUCUUCCAGAGAGCACAUCACUGUUCCCCUAAUCCAGAUACGAACCAACCAGGAGAUUUGAUUGUUGAAUCCCCCUUCAAAGGUGACCCAAUACCUAACGAAAACCUGGUUGAAUACAUUUUAAAUGAUUUAGAUGAGCAAGCCAUGGAGUAUGAUUCUUUGACCUGCGGAUCAACCGGAAGAUCUUAUAAUUAUGGAAUGAUCAACAUGCUGAUCCAUAAAUUCGCUCAGGCGGUGAUAGAACAUUGCCAAAUGAAGCCGAGAGAGGUGAUUGGUUUGCUUCUUCCCAACAUUCCGGAAUAUGUGAUAGUUUGUCAUGGUGCGAUGAAAGCAGGCCUUCCUGUGACAUUUGUCAAUCCUUUGUACACGCCAAAUGAGAUAAAGAGACAGUUUCAAAACGCAGAAGUAAAGCUGAUAGCUACAGUACCCCAGCUCUUGGACGUAGCGUUGGAGGUGGGCUCUGAACUGAUCGGUUACAGGGGCACAGUUUGCGUUGGAGGAGAUGACGAUCUAGGAAAAAGAGUUUUUGGACUGAGGAGUCUCUUGACAGCAGAUUAUGAAGUGGAACUGCCAGGAAUAAACCCCAGAGAAUUGGCCAUCAUACCCUAUUCUAGUGGAACAACUGGUGUACCCAAAGGUGUGAUGCUAUCCCACCACAAUCUGGUAUCGAAUAUGAUCCAAGUUCUACAUCCGAAUAUUAGAAUAGAUAACGAUCCAGAAUCCCCAUCAACAAUCUUCACAGUUCUGCCAUUCUUCCAUAUAUUCGGAUUCAACGCUAUACUCAACCUGAGCCUUAAGCUCCGAUUACACGUGGUCACCCUUCCCAGAUUUUCACCAGAAGAAUACCUCAAUUGUUUGUCCACCUACAAGCCUAAAGUUCUUUUUGUGGUACCAUCCUUGGUAACUUUCUUGACGGAAAACAGCAACGUUGUGAAAGAACACUUGUCCAGCGUCGAAAAUAUUGAAUCUGGCGCUGCCCCAUUAUCAUCAGGAUUGAUGCAAAGGUUCAGGAAUAAAUUUGGCGAACAGAUUAAAGUGAGGCAAGGCUAUGGUAUGACAGAAAGUUCACCAGUAACUUUAAUCAAUCCAAAAACUCCUUUGACGACAAAACACAACUCAAUAGGUGUACUUGUACCUGAUACAUUUGCCAGGAUAGUCGAUCUCUCCACUGGGGACACUCUAGGACCAAAUAAACCCGGAGAAUUGCAAGUUAAAGGGCCUCAAAUAAUGAUGGGAUAUCUGAAUAAUGAAAAAGCUACAAGGGAAACUGUUGAUGAAGAAGGUUGGCUACAUACAGGAGAUGUUGCUUAUUACGAUGAUGACAAAUACUUUUAUAUAAUAGAUAGGUGUAAGGAACUUAUAAAAGUUAAAGGAAACCAGGUUUCACCGACGGAAUUGGAAAAUCUUCUUCUAGAAAUACCAGACAUAUCCGAUGCAGCUGUAGUGGGCAUUCCCGAUGCAUUAGCUGAUGAGAUUCCAAGAGCGUUCAUUGUUAAGAAAGAAGGAUCUGAGUUGACCGAUAAAGAUGUACUGAAAUAUGUGAACGCUAGGGUAGUUCAUUAUAAAAAAUUAGCUGGUGGUGUUGUAUUUUUGGACGUUAUUCCUAGAAAUCCAAGUGGAAAAAUCUUAAGGAAUGAACUCAAAACGAACGAAUGUAAAUAUGUGAAAAAUUGAGAAUACCUAUGUUUAAGUUUAUUUUAUAGCGAAAUUUGUAAGUUUUACUAUUUAACCGAAUAAAAGUUUUAACCUUU